UUAAAAUAUGUCUUUUGCUUUACAAAAUGACCUCUGCUUACUUCAUCAGCAGGGCACCGCGCCCUGGUCCAAAGUGUUUACCCAACUUAAAAGUGCCUGGGAGGCCAACCGACCGUCAGCAGGCCGCACAAAAGCCCUAUUCACCGGUAACAGGAACCCAGACCAACGCUGCCACGUCAAAAUGUUCGAGCAUAGCCUACCUCCCCGGUGCAAAUGUUUUUUACUCUCUUUUGACCAUUGAGGAGGACAGAUAGGCCAGGCGACAACAAUACAGAUGGAAGCAGUGGCUCAACUGUCUUAACAAUCUGACCUAAUGUUAUUUGGAUUCUUUAUCUCACCCUACCUCAUUCAGGCUCACAUAAUCACGAGAAAUUGGAGGACAUAAAGGUGUGUCAGCAGGCUGCAAUUAUUUUUGUCCUCUACAUUUCCUGACAAGUGAACUGACCUAGGCCUAGCCUACUACUUUGUGGACCAAGGGGACCUCUGUAAGAGGUUUUUGGACUUUGGGGGGAACUGCAGGUUGAAGGGCGUCGAUGGGAAUUGGGGCUCAUUGGAGAGCAGCGGGCCGCUCCACAAUCACAAGGGGAUCAGGUUUGUCCCAGCAGGAGAUAUUUGGUGUACUUGUUCUCAAAAGGACCUGCUCCUCUGUGUGCGUGGCCAGCGUUGGGUUUCUGUUCCUUCUGGGAGUCUGCCUGCUCUACUUACCGGACCCGUUGACGCUGGAACCGUUAGUAUCUGAGGAGAACAGCGGGGCGACCCUCCUGAUAUGGACGCAUCCAUUCGGUCGGUACCGCAAACUGCCGGACUGCUUUGCGCUCUAUCAGAUCGGCGGGUGCACGCUCACCGACGACGGGCGCGCGUACCCGCAGGCUGACGCUGUGAUCAUUCACCACCGGGAAGUUGCCAGCGGCACCGCUGAUCUGCCACAGGAACCGCGGCCACGUGCGCAAAAGUGGAUAUGGAUGAACUACGAGUCCCCCGCGCACACACCCAGACUAUGGCGCUUUGAGGAUGUUUUUAACCUCACAAUGACCUACCGGACAGACUCAGAUAUUUUUCUGCCGUACGGGUAUUUGCGCCCCCGUGAACAUAGAACCAAUGGUCUCCAGAACCGCUUUGCUCAUCCGCUCCGCGCACCCUCGCGCUUACACCUCCUCCGGCCCCGCCUCCUGGCCUGGGUCAUCAGCAACUGGUCGGAGUCCCAUGCGCGCGUGGCCCUAUAUUACCAGCUCCGCCGGUACAUCCAGGUGGAUGUGUUCGGGCGCGCGGGUCGGCCGUUACCGGAGGACAGCGGCGGCAGCGUGGUGCGGCUGGUCGGACGGUACCAGUUCUACCUGGCGCUGGAGAACUCGCAGCACACCGACUACAUCACAGAAAAGCUGUGGAACGCGGUGCGGGCCGGUGCCAUCCCGGUGGUCCUUGGUCCCUCCAGGCAGAACUAUGAGCGCUUCCUGCCCCCCGAGGCCUUCAUCCACGUGGACGACUUCCCCACAGUGCGAGGGCUGGCCCGGUACCUGCUGAUGCUGAGGCGCAACCCGGCUCGGCUGAGGCAGCACCUGGACUGGAGAGGGAGCUACAGCGUGCACCAGCCCACCUUCUGGGCUGAACACUACUGUACGGCCUGCAGGGCGGUGAGGAGGAACAGAGGCAGAACCGACGUGGUUGAAGACUUGACACGAUGGUUUCACUCGUGAAAACAGCAGAAUCACCUCACGCACCUGAUUGAACUGAGAGACUGUCUGUGACAGUGGGACUUACUGUCCACCUGAUGAAAUCAUCAAUUUAUCAGCAAGCACCCCUGAUUGUCUGGGAGACUGUUGAUUUCAUUUGAUUUAUAUCACUUUAAUUGAAAUCCAAAACAUGGAUUUUGUACAUGUGCCUAUCCCCAAAAAAUGUAAACUUUGCAUUCACUGUACACUCAACUUUUACAUUACGCCUAAUUGAAUGUCCGCUGAUGAGACA